UUUUUCGAAAGAGAAUCGCGGUUUCGUCUCCGCGUGGUCUGUCUUACACUUUCGAUGCCUUGAAUGCUCUGAUAGUUGAAAUUUCGGGAGAUAAAAAUGGCUUCGCGUGUGAACGUUGAUGAAGAUGAAUUACCUGCGCGAACGCUGCAGAAUGUGCUUGACCAGACGACGCUGAGAUGGAUUUUUGUUGGAGGCAAAGGAGGAGUUGGGAAAACCACGACGAGUUGCAGUCUAGCCAUUCAGCUCUCAAAGGUGAGGCAAAGCGUCUUGCUGAUUUCGACGGAUCCGGCUCACAACAUCUCAGACGCGUUCAACCAAAAGUUUUCGAAAAUUCCGACCAAGGUCAAGGGUUUCCCCAACCUCUUCGCCAUGGAGAUCGACCCCAACAUCGGUAUGGCUGAAUUGCCCGACGAAUAUUUCGACGAUCCGUCUUCCGAAGCCUGGCGAGCGUCCAAGUCUGUCUUUCAAGACUUGCUUGGCGCAUUUCCGGGCAUCGACGAAGCCAUGAGUUAUGCUGAAGUCAUGAAACUCGUCAAAGGAAUGGAUUACAGCGUCGUCAUAUUCGACACUGCGCCAACUGGUCAUACGUUGCGAUUGCUUUCAUUCCCGCAAGUCAUUGAGAAGGGACUCGGAAAGCUUCUGAGACUGAAGAACCAGAUAUCUCCUUUCCUGAAUCGCGUGACUGCAAUGUUGGGCAUGGGAUCCAGUCUGAACGCUGAUGAAAUGGCCAACAAGUUGGAAGGCAUUCUCCCUUUGGUGCAGCAGUUGAACGUGCAAUUUCAGAACCCGGAGCAGACCACGUUUGUCUGUGUUUGUAUAGCCGAGUUCUUGUCGCUUUACGAAACUGAACGAUUGAUUCAAGAUUUGACAAAAAGUGGGAUCGACACUCACAAUAUUGUCGUGAACCAGUUACUUUUGCCUGGGUUCUCUGCGAGUGAGGGAGACUCGAAGAAGCCGUGUUCCAUGUGUCUGGCCAGGUGCAAGAUCCAAGGCAAAUACUUGGAUCAAAUCGAAGAUUUAUACGAGGAUUUCAACUUGACGUUGUUGCCGUUGCAGGAGCGGGAAGUUCGGGGUCCCGACGCCCUAGAAAACUUCUCCAAGUUCCUCGUUGAUCCCGUUGAUUUCUCUUCGCUGAAAACGUUUCUCAGCGAGAAGUCGAUGAAUCGGCUUUGUGGCCGACGGAUGUGUCGAGUCGUUUUCGCUGUCGGGGUUUUCGUAUUGAUCGCGGUUCUGUUGACACAACGGUGUGUUCGUUGCGGAGAAAGCGACAGGUACACGAAAGACGGAGAAAAGGCCGAUUCGGAAACAUGCGGCUUGAAAGAAUGUGCGACGGAGACGGUGAAGCCAGUUACGCUCGCUGCUGCGGCUUGUGGGAAUCGCUUGGAAGAAGUUUCAGUGAUGGUCAAAUCUGCAGUGAUGUUGAGUAAAGCGCGGAUGUUGAACGUGAUCAUUUUCACCGAGGAUCGUCUCGUUAGUGAUUUCGAGAAAAUACUCGAAGGAUGGCCUGAAGCUAUCAAGAAUCGGACUUCAGUGUCGCUAAAGCUGGUGCAGUAUCCGCAAGACGGUCACGAAAAGGAGUGGAAAAACUUGUUCCAACUCUGCGCCUCACAACGACUCUUCCUCCCAUCAGUUUUGCCGUCAAUCGAUGCUGUGAUAUAUGUGGAUACGGACGUUUUGUUCCUGUCACCCGUCGAGGAGCUUUGGGAAAAAUUUGGAGAAUUCAAUUCGAGUCACAUUGCGGCUGCGGUUCCGGAGCACGAAGAACCCGCGGCGGGUUGGUACAACAGGUUCGCGCGACAUCCGUAUUACAAGCCGUUGGGGAUCAACAGCGGGGUCAUGCUGAUGAACUUGACCCGCAUGCGAGGCUUCAAUUGGGAGGAAUACCUGCUUCCGAUUUAUAAUCGAUACAAGAUGAAUCUCACCUGGGGUGACCAGGACAUAAUAAACAUCCUCUUCUCUUUUCAUCCGGAAAAGCUGAGGGUUAUGCCGUGUCGGUGGAAUUUUCGACCGGAUCAUUGCAUGUACUCGUCAACAUGUAAAUCUGCCGAGGCUGACGGAAUUGCCCUCGUACACGGCAGUCGCGGUUAUUUCCACAACGACAAGCAGCCCAUCUUUGGUGCUUUGUACCGCGCAUUCAACGAAAUUGGGAUCGAACGUAGUGUGAACGACCUGCUUGACAUGAUAUCUCUCGGGAUCGAGAAUGAAAAGAGCUCGUCUGCUUGUCGAAAAUUGGCACCGCUUUUUUUGAAGAACCUUCUGAGACAUGCUGUGGACUGAUUCCCGUGUGUGCCUUUCCUCGAGGCCGUGAACAAAGUAUUUUUUUAUUUCGCUGUGGAUUCAAAGAAUUGAUCUCGUGUUACCUGGUUUUUGUCCGAUGCCAUUUAUUUGUUCAUAUUAGCAGAUUUAUAGACGUAUGUUUUGCCUGAAA